CACAACUGUAUACUUGAGCCCAGUCCACGGAAACCUCUGAGACGAUCAACAUGUUUCCAUGGAGGCUGCAAAAUAUUUUAUUUCUCCUUCUGUUCUGCAAUUCUGAUGGACAGAUUUUUGGCAGUAACAGAAGAAUCCAAGUGCCUUUCAGGUACAGUGUGUUUGAAGACAUUAAGCUGUGUGAGUGGUUGCAACAUUGACAUCUACAAGCUUCAGGUAAUAUUUCUGAUCUUUAUCUCCAGAGAGAUAACGUUUGAUAAAUACGUGGAGAUCCCUCUUGUACAAGAUGCAAAGAAAACCAUCGAUUCUUCACCAAGGUUCACUCUGGUGGCUCCCGACAUCCUGAGGACCGACACCGAAGAAAACAUCUACUUACAGGCAGACGGCUUACCCACUCCGCUCAUUGCCUCCAUUGUCAUCCAGGACUUCACCAAAAGCGUUAUGCUCCUCCAGGAGACGGCCAUACUCAAUCAGGAAAAUGGCUUCCAUGUUCUCAAGAGCAUAGAGCUUUCAUCCGCGCUCUUGAAUCGUGAGGAGAAAAGGAACAAGUUUGUUUAUCUGCAAGUGAACUUUGGCAGUCAUCACUCCAUGGAGCGAGUGCUGAUGGUGUCCUUUCAUUCUGGCUACAUCUUCGUCCAAACCGACAAACCCAUUUAUAACCCCGGAGACACCGUUCGUUUCCGAGCUUUCGUGUCUUCUCUGUUCUUUAAGGCCUUGGACAGCUCCAUCACUAUAGACAUUCAGAAUCCAGACGGGGUGGUGGUCAGUCAGGUCUCCAGGACCCGACCCACUCAGGGCAUCUACGCCGAUUCCUUCCCUCUGUCUGACAUCGUCAAUGAAGGAACAUGGCUGUUGACGGCAAAGUUUGACCACUGGCAGCAGAACGCCUUCACCUCCCGUUUCGAGGUGAAGAAAUAUGUUCUCCCUGCCUUCAACGUUACACUGACCCCUAGAAAGCCCUUCCUCAGCCUGGAUGACAACGAACUGGUUGUGGAAAUUUCUGCAAGGUACUUGUUUGGGGAGCCGGUUCAGGGGACGGCUUACGUUGUGUUCGGAGUGAAACUCAACCAGGAGAUGACGAGGUUACCUGCCGUGAAGCAGGUGUCGGACCUGGAUGGAGGAACCGUCACUCUGAGCAUGCAGGAGCUCAGGAGAGCUUACCCCAACAUUAGGAGCUUAGUGGGAAACUCUGUUUACGUGAAAGCAUCUGUGGUCACCAAGACAGGCAGCGAUCUGGUCGAGGCAGAAAAGACUGGGAUUAAAAUCGUAGAGUCCCCAUAUGUCUUAUCUUUUAAAGACGUGCCAAAGUACUUCAAACCAGGAAUACCAUUAGACCUAACAAUUCAGGUGAGCCAGCACGACGGCUCCCCAGCCCGAAACGUUUUGGUCAAGCUGACUCAUCUGGACGCACCACUGACCGUCUCAUCAGGCACCGCCAGAGCCAGCAUCAACAUGCCCAACGUACAACAUCCUCAAACGCUCACUGCUGAGACGGCACAGGCUGACCUGAAACCGGAACAGCAGGCCAAGCAGCAGAUUAGGCUUCAGCCUUACAUGACCAGCAGGGGGCAGCAGAACUACCUGUACAUCUCCACAGGAACCAACAGAGUGUCUGUAGGAGACAGACUAUCGCUGCAGUUCUCCAUCUCUUUAUCUGACCCGUCACACAGAGAGUUCAUCAAACACAUCACCUAUCUGGUGCUGAAUAAGGGUAAAAUCGUGAGCGCCGCGCGUCAGGACGUGACGGGCCAGCUGGUGACCAGCGUUGGGCUGUGGGUCACGGCGGACAUGAUGCCGUCGUUUCGGGUCGUGGCGUUCUUCACCAUUCCCUGGUCGGGGCUGGAGGAGCUGGUUUCGGACUCGGUCUGGAUCGACGUGGUGGACGGCUGUGUUGGAGGGCUGAAAGUUUCAACAGACUCCGUACAGCGUCAAUACACACCCGGGAAAAACUUCCACUUCCAGAUCCGAGGAGACCCGGGGGCAAAGGUCAGCCUGGUGGCUGUGGACAAUUCAGUGUAUCUCCUCAACGGGGAGCGACUCACACAGAAAAAGCUCUGGGACGUGGUGGAGCACGGAGACAUCGGCUGCACCAGAGGGGGAGGGCGAGACGCCAAAGGAGUCUUUACAGACGCCGGACUUCUUUACUUCUCAAGCGGCGGAGUCAAAACCGACACCAGGCAGACCCUGCAGUGUCCAGGCAGUACCAGAAGGAGGCGCUCUGCUGAACUCAUGCAACGUAAAGCAAGGCUGGAGAGUCACUAUAAGGAGAAGCUGCAGCAGCGCUGCUGCAAAGACGGCCUCAGGGCCAUUAAAAUGCCGUACUCCUGCACCCGCCGCUCCCUCUACAUCACCGAGGGCCCGGAGUGCAUCCUGGCUUUCCGCUACUGCUGUGCCACCUACAGAGACCAGGUGUUCAGCACGGAGAUCCCCACCACCCCUCCACCUCUGACCACCCCUCCACCCUCAACCACCCGUCCCCCGAACACCCGUGAAAUAGUGGUGCCUUAUCCUGACUUUCCUAGAGUGAAGAUAAUUUCAAGAGUAUGGGCUUCACGGGAAUCGAGCAAAGUGAUGCGCAUUUUAGUGGAGUCUGCUCAUAUACCCUCUCCUGCUCAUAUACCCUCUCCUGUGUCGGAUACCCUGGAGGACGAUGAAGAGGAAGAAGAGUGGGAGUACAUGGAUGAGACUCAGGUCUAUCUCCGCUCCAAGUUCUAUGAGUCCUGGCUGUGGAUAGAUGUGAAUCUGCCGAGCGAAACGGACAGAGACGGGUUUGCUUUGAAAAACAUGGACAGUGCUUUACCUGACAGCAUCACAGAGUGGGGAGUUUUGGCCAUCAGUGCAUCACAUCAAACAGGUUUCUGUGUGGCGGAGCCGUAUAAUUUCAAAACCUGGAAGCAUUUCUUUGUCGAUCUCAAGCUCCCAUACUCUGUGGCGAGGUACGAACAGUUGGAGAUCAAAGCCGUCAUCCACAACUACGGCUACGAUGAGAUGCAUGUCAGGGUGGUGCUGAUGAAGACCGAAGGCAUGUGCAGCGUCGCCUUCAAGGACAGACACACCCAGGAAGUGACGCUGCCGGCGGGCUCCUCCGUGGCAGUGCCGUACACCGUUGUGCCACUGGUGGUGGGCAAACUGCCGCUGGAAGUAAUGGUGGUCGGCAGAGACAUGACUGGGGGCGACCGCAUCCGGAAGUUCCUGCGAGUUGUGAUGGACGGAGUGCAGAAGACCGAAGUUUGGAGUGCCGUGUUGAACCCGUCUUCUCAAGGAGGAACUCAGACGAUUCGCGUCGGCAAGACUGAACUGGAGUCGGUCGUGCCGAACUCUGUGCCAGAGACGUUCAUUAAUGUCAGAGGUAACGUCUUGGCGGACAGCAUCGAUAACUCCAUCAGCGAGGACUCGCUGGCGUCUCUGAUCCGGAUGCCCGGUGGCUGCGUGGAGCAGAACCUGGCCUCCAUCACUCUGCCGCUGAUCGCCACGCUCUAUCUGGACCGAACCGACAACUGGGAGAGAGUCGGGGUGGAUCGCAGAGACGAGGCUCUCCGAUACAUCAAGAGAGGCUAUGAGAAUCAGUUGGAAUACAGAAGGAGUGACGGCUCAUACCCCCCCUACAGGCGUCAAGGUGCAAGUACAUGGAUCACAGCGUACGUCAUCAAAGUGUUCUCCAUGGCUUACUCCAUCGUUAGCAUGGACGAGCAGCAAGUGUGCGAGCCUCUGCUGUACCUGGUGACCAACAAAAUCAUACCUUUAAGUGGAGUGUACAGAGAGGACAACCCAGUUUAUUCCACCACAAUGACUGGUGGUCUCCGUGGUGACGACCCACAAAUAACCCUGACGGCUUUUGUCCACAUUGCAAUUGCUGAAGCCAAGAAGGCAGGAAUCAGCUGUGACAGGUCCGAAGUGGAGUCGGCCACCGCCAAGAGCACCCAGUUCCUGAAGAAAGCCCUGCAGACUGGAGGGCGGAGGCCGUACACGGUGGCCAUCGCCUCCUAUGCUCUGGCUCUGCAGGGAACACAAGACAACCUCCAUCAGACUUUACUGCAAGCAGCAUCUCCAGAUAAGAGCCACUGGCCUGACAAGGAAAACCACCUGUUCACUCUGGAAGCAACCGGCUACGCUUUGCUAGCGCUGAUAAAGUUGGGACGCCUGGAGGAGGCCGCGGCGCCCUUCAAGUGGCUCAACGGUCAGAGAAGAAUAGGAGGAGGCUUCGGCUCCACUCAGUCCACCAUGGUGGUGCUCCAGGCUCUGUCAGAGUACAUGAUCAGCCGGCCUCCGCCUGCUGACCUCAGCCUGAACGUGGACAUCAGGAUGACCGGACGCAAGGAAAUCCGCUACUACUUCAACCCCGACAACGCCUACGCUGCUCGCUCCUCUAAAUUGCCUGCUGGUAUCGACAUGGAAGUGGUGGCUGAAGGAAACGGACAAGGAAUCCUGGAGGUUGUGACUCAUUACAACCAGCUUCAUGAAGUAGAAGAGAAAACUCCCUGCAGCCACUUUGAGCUCAGCGUUAACAUUGAGGAGUCCAGCGAAAAGCCUCCAGCUGAUGCAGAGAAAUCCUACCAGAUCACCAUCAACGUGAGAUCUUUGGGACCCAGAGACGUCAGAAUGGUGGUUCUGGACAUCAGCCUCCCCACUGGCUUCACCCCAGAAAACUCAGACCUGGAAAUGCUGUCCAACUCUGUGGAUCAUUACAUCAGUAACUUCAAGAUCGUAGAUAAUCUGAGUGACAGAGGGUCUCUGAUCAUCCACCUGUUCAAGGUUUCGCACACAGUGCCAGAAAUUCUCAUCUUCAGGCUGCAGCAGACCUUUAAAGUUGGUCUGCUGCAGCCGUCUUCUGUCACUGUUUACGAGUAUUACAACCCAGAUCACCGCUGCAGUCGUACUUACUCUCCCAGGGAGGACAGGGAGGAACUCAGCAGGAUCUGUGACAACAACGUCUGCCGCUGCACGCAGGGUGACUGCUGUAUCUCAAAACCUGAACAUCAAAAUUUCCUCAACAAAGAGAGAGAGAUAUUUGCCUGCGCAAGCUUACACCACGUUUGGCAGGUGAAGGUGCUCAGUAUGAAUCAGAGCUACUAUGAUAAAUAUGAGAUGGAGAUUACACAAGUUAUUAAACUUGGUGUGGAGGCUGGAGUUGAAGUUGGUCAGAAGAGGUUUUUCCUGUCACAUGGUGGCUGCAGAGAAGGACUCAACCUCAAACUGGGCUCCCAGUAUCUCAUCAUUGGUCCUAAAGAGGACCAGUGGACCACUGACCCCGGCAAUAACAAGUUUAUCUACAUGUUGGGGAAGGACACCUGGGUGGAGCACUGGCCUGCAGAUGCAGAGUGUUUGAGCAAUCCCAGCAUGCAAGCCAAAUGCAAAAACCUCUCUGAUGCCUCAAACGAGCUGUCUGCGACGGGCUGCAGGCUGUAGCUUCAGCUGUUGUUGAUUUUAAUUGUACGUCUAUGAAUGCACGUCUGUAAGAAGCCAAAAAAGAUUAAGUAAAAGACUGCUGUACUGUCCGACAACAUUAAAAGUGUUGGAGCUUUCCUGAGAGCAUAUAAUUAGACAUGGGGAACAAUGAGGGAGUGCAAGAAAAAGCCCCACUCAAGAAUCUUGUCGGCGACUCUUUAAAGAAAACAAAUGAUUUAAGAAAAAAAAAACAUUACUGUAUUUAUUCUUAGGUCAGUAAAUAUUUAGAAAAUUAAACAAUGAAAACUGAAUUCAUAAUCUGUGCUCAAAUACAGAAAAGAUGUUUUGUGUAUUUGCACAAAUCAGAGUACUGUGUUCUGACAUGUGCUCCAAAUAUGGAACAUUAAAAAUACACGUACAACUGUAAGAUUACUUCCAGUUUUUCAGGGACUGAACAGCUUCCUUUAUUUGUGUAGUUCGUUUUAGUGAGUUGAAGUCUACGUAUCAUGUGUAAAACAAUUCUAGUUGUACUUGCAAAAGAGGAUGUUUUAAAAUAAAAUGGAUUGUGGUC